AAGUGGAGGACCGACUCAAGCACCAAGUCACUCUUAGCGUGGCUGGUCUAAGCGUGGACGUGGACAGCAGCUCCAGUGGUCUAGUUGUCCGUUUGGUCGCCCAUUACCAUCCUCAUCUCAAGCUCCAUGUGCGCCGCGCCAGCAAGUCCAACCAGCUCAUCUUGACGAAAAACUCCAACUCCUUCCAUUGCUGUUUGGAAGAAAGACACUCACUACUUAGAAGUCCCCCAAAAGAUUCUCCUUGCACAUCGCCCAAAAGCAUCAUCGCGCAAACGAUCCCGAGCCCAUCAUGAUUUCCGACAACGAUCUCUACCGCCUUGCGAUCUUCCUUGGCUCUGCCGCCAUGGUUCUUAUCAUCUUCUACCACUAUGUAGAAGUCAACACAGAAGAGGAAAAGCCCGAGAAGGCAGUACGAUCCGCGAAGUCCGCGAAAGCAGUGGCCUAGAAGACCCCGAAACGGCGCAAGUGAGAUAGUGAGAUGCCAUGGGAUAUUCGCUAUUAGAUAUAUAUGGCAAAAGGGAUUUGGGAAUCCUGCGGCUGCCCUGAGACGACCGAGAUGCGAGGCUAGGGGCGACAAAUGAGCGAUGAGAGAGGGCAUUGAUGUCAGUGUCUGAGGAGACAGGCGAUAUCAAAUACGGCCUUUCAGGAGGUUGACAACCAAACGUUCCUCCCCCGAGAGAACACAGAGCUUUGCAAGUUAAUGCAGUCAAAGACGCGAACACCAGGGGCGUCUAUAAGCUCCUGCCCUCCAAAAUCAAAACAUUAGAGCAUCACUAUUGAAACGAGAGUCUAAUCUGGCUCAGCGCUGAAUCCACGUGGUGAACAUCGA